UUUAAAUUACAAAGUCUAUGCUCACAAAUGAUUAUAAAGAAAAAUGAGCAUGAAGAGGGCAAAAAGUCCUUAUAAAAAUAGUGACUUAGAGUCGAAUAAAAAAAGGAUCAAAUCAUCCAAUCACAGUUUUCCAUUGGAAAGGUACAAAUAUGAACUUAACAAAUUUCUCCAAGAUUAUGGAGGAAUAUCAAAAACCGACGACUUUUGGAAAUUUUUUGAAAAAUAUCAAGCCAUUCAGUUAUCAAAGAAAAGUUCAACAACAUAUUUUGACAAGACCCUGUUAAUAAAUCAAUCGUUCGUUUCUAAAACCAGCAGGUUGUACGACAAAAUACCUACAUUAGAUCGUCAUGGUGAAAGAAUGAAUAUUCCUUACAAUACAUUUAAAGACUUCCUACAAACGGUUCUUAUAUAUCAAGACUUUCAACAGAAAACUAAAAUGGCGAAAUUAAAGAAACUUCGCCAAUCGCAACGAGAUCUGCCCAUUGCCCAAUUUAAGGAUGAAAUAAUUUCGAGGCUGAAAGAGUCACGUAUUUUACUCAUUGCAGGUGAUACAGGAUGUGGAAAAUCCACACAAGUACCCCAAUACGUUUUGGAAGCGGGUUAUAACAAGACAGUCUGCACUCAACCUAGACGUAUAGCCUGCGUAUCACUUGCCAAAAGAGUAGCUUAUGAAACCCUCACAGAUUUUAAAAGCACCGUGGGUUAUCAGAUAAGAUUCGAAAAGAGCAAAAGAGCAGAUACAGCCAUUAUCUUUAUGACAGAGGGUCUUUUAUUAAGGCAAGCGGCAGAAGAAGAAACAAUAAAUCAGUACGACGUUAUUAUAUUGGACGAAAUACAUGAGAGACAUCUGUAUGGGGAUUUUCUGAUUGGAAUAAUGAAGUGCCUGGUACAUAAAAAAGACAACUUCAAGUUGGUGCUAAUGUCCGCAACGAUUAAUAUCGAUUUAUUUUCAAAUUAUUUUAAAAAUGAAAACAUACAAAUAGUUCAAGUACCCGGGCGAUUAUUUCCUAUCGAAAUUCAAUAUAAACCGAUAAAGAAGGACCCUUACGAGCGCAAAGCAAGCAAGUUUGAUUGCAUCCCUUACCUCGAAAUUAUACAGAUGAUUGACGCAAAGUAUCCACCCAAUGAGAAAGGGGAUUUGCUCGUGUUCCUCAACGGCUUUGCAGAAAUAUCCGCCCUGGCAGACGCCGUAACCGAAUAUAGUAAAUUCAAGAAAAACUGGAUCGUUCUGCAACUACACAGCACCCUCUCUUUAGAAGAGCAGGACAAAGUCUUCGAUUAUCCUCCAGAAGGCGUUAGGAAAUGUAUCAUUUCCACAAACAUUGCCGAAACAUCGGUGACUAUAGACGGCAUAAGAUUCGUCAUCGAUUCAGGGAAAGUCAACAGAAUGACCUAUCACACCGUCGGUGGAAUAAACAAACUGACAGAAACGAACAUUUCCCAAGAUAGUGCAAAGCAAAGGGCAGGAAGAGCGGGGAGAACGGGACCUGGCAUAUGCUUUCGAAUGUAUUCAGAAGAAGAUUUUAAAAACUUUGACGCCUUUACCACCGCAGAAAUACAUCUCGUCCCUCUCGAAUCCUUACUUUUACAUAUGAUAUCUUUAGGAUUGACAGACAUAGUGAACUUCCCCUUUUUAGAAAAACCCAGUGAAAGGGUCAUCGAAGAAAGUUUAGAACGACUCAAGUUUUAUGGUGCCCUCCAACUAGACGAGCAGUAUUUAGUCCUCACCCCACUCGGGGAAGCUCUUAGCAAAUUACCCGUCGAUCUCACAAUAGGAAAAAUGCUCAUAAUGUCCACUGUUUUUGGGAACGUCAACGCCGUCUUAGCCCUGGCAGCACUACUAAGUGUGCAAAGUCCCUUUACACAAUCCGCUUAUAAGAAUAUCGACACUUUAGAACUACGGAAACCUCUGGAAUCAACCCACGGUGAUUCAGUGACCUUCUUGAACCUCUACAAGGAAUGGCUGUCGGUAAAAUAUGAAACAACUCCCGCUUCCUCUUCCGGUUCCUCAACGUUUUCAAAACAAAAAGAAAACUCUCGAAUAUGGGCCAAAAAACGGGGCUUGGAAGAACAAAGAUUCUACGAAGUCACCAAACUCAUUCAACAGUUCAAAGACAUUUUAGAAGAUGCAGAUUUGUUACCCAAAGGACUGGAUAUCGAACUGACCAGCAGUGAGCGUGCCAUACGUUACGGAGAACUAAAGCAUCUGAAGACUUUGAGAAGGCAACUAAAGGAAGAGUCCAAAAGCAGUCGCAAGAAACAACUCAAAUAUGACACGUUUAUUUUUGAAGGGGACAUAGACAGAAAAGAAGCGCAAAAAGUAGACAUAAGAGACGUGGAGUUUAGAAUUGCGAACGACUUCAAAAAAUUGCAAAAAUUAUUAGAUGAAACGUCUCCGGACAGUGCAAGGGAACUCUUCAUGUUAAAACUUAUUCUUACAGGUGGAUUAUAUCCAUCUGUAGCCGUGGAAGAUGAAUUUAAUUCGUCAAAAAGUGUUGCAGAGCGUCUGUAUCAUACAAAAAGUAAGAAUUUCGUUUUUCUACGACCCUUGAGUUGUUUUACUACGAAUCCUGAAGUUCUCGAACUCCAUGCGGACGAUGUAGAGGUGCCUCCGCCAGGCUAUUUUAGUAAAAGACCUCUCAGUCGUAAACACCAAUUAUUGAUCUUCCAAUCGAUUUUGGAAACCAAAAAAGUAUAUUUGGUCAACGUAACUAGAAUGCCUUGCGUUCAAACGCUAAUGCUGUUUGCAAAAACUAUUGCAGUGAAUGCUACACUAAGUAAAUUUGUUUUUGACGAAUUUCUGCUCAUAGACAUUCCAUACUUUGGUCAAGGAAAGACUCUGCUAUUAAGAGCCAUCGCCCUCAGAAAAAUAUGGAAAGCGAAGUUGGAGGAAAAACUGAAAGAUCCAAAUGCGGUUUCGAGACAAAAUAACGAAGAGAUUUUUUAUUUUAUGGAAGACCUUGUCAAGUUUAUAAACACCGAUGUGUGUUACAAUGUUAAAAGACUAUUACCGGCUGAUCUGAAGAUGAUUUAUACGCAUGAAACGGAGUUUCCCGAUUUCGAAAAAAUGAAACUAAAAAACCCAUUCGAUCCCGAUUUUUCUAUUGCUGUAAAUCAAAACUAUGGGGGUUUACAGGUCACAGAAAAUGUUGUCUACGAUUGUUUAGUUCAAGAAGAAUGGGCAGUGACCAUGGAAGAAGAAAUUUCUGGAACACCCUUCGAGUGUCCAUAUUGUAAAAAAAGCAAAUAUGGAUACUCUGUUUACAGAAUAAUACAACACGAAAAGUUUUGUAGCGAAAAAGAAAAAGGCAAUGAGAAUGUGGAUAGGAGGAGUGACAAGAAAGUGGGAGAGAUCAAACCGAAUUCGAGACAAUUUUAUUGCGAAAAUUGCAAAACGAAUCUCAUAUUGACGCCUACCGAAAUUUUAAGACAUAAAAGAAGCUGCAAAAGCAGUAGUAUGUAAAUAAAAUUGUAACAAGGGAUUGACGGUUGCCUUUCUUCACAACAUCCACUGCUUCUCUUUUAUCACUCACGGCAAGCACGAGCCGCCACUGAUUUAUUGUGGCUGC